AUGGUAUGACUAUACGCCGCGAAGUGCACCGGCUGUCUGGAGCCCAUAGCCCCUACGGAACUGGUGAUGAGAGCCCUGGACCACAUCUACCACAUCAACUGUUUCCUAUGCGUCGGGUGCGGCCGUCAGCUCCAGAAAGGCGACCAAUUCGUCAUCCGCGGCGGUCGACUCUUCUGUCGGCCCGACUUCGAGAAGGAGAUGGCGCUCUUACACCUGACCAAUGGUCACCCGCCCAGUGAGAACAGCCCCAUAUCGGCCAACAGCGGCCCCACCGGACCCGUCAUGAACGGCAAUUCGCAGCGACAGGACGGCCGGAGGGGUCCGAAGAGGCCGCGAACUAUACUGACCACAGCUCAGCGCCGGGCGUUUAAGGCCUCGUUCGAGAUCAGCCAAAAGCCAUGUCGUAAGGUGAGGGAAACGCUGGCAAAGGAGACGGGACUCAGCGUAAGGAUAGUUCAGGUGUGGUUCCAGAACCAGAGGGCAAAGUUGAAAAAGAUUCAGCGAAAACAGCAACAAAUACAGGCCUCUCAGGGAGGAGGCGGUGGCGGCGGGAGUGAGUCGGGAGGCAUUCAAAGUCAGUCGAGCGAUAAAUCGAAAGGUGAUAACACAUCCUAUUCUAUAGAUAACCAAAAUGACAGCAAUUUGACAGCAGACUCGUCCACCGAUUCGCCACAGUUUUCACUGCCGCCCCUCCACUACAUGAGCCACAGCCCGGACGGUUCGUAUUACUCGCCUCAAGACGACGGCUACGCUAAGAGCGAACUGGCCAUGGAUUCGGAGACCAGUUUAGGCGGUUUGGAGGACGUGCUGAUCAACCAGAGCGUCGGCGCCGGCAGUGCAGUGAUCGUGAGCUCCGUCGAGCCGACGCCCAUCUCUUUACAUCACGACGUGGUGGUCGGCGGCCACCAGUCGGUGCUGUUCGGCGGGCCCUCCAUGACUCCCAUCGAUAAACUAUAUUCAAUGCAGUCCUCGUAUUUCAAUUCCGGCGAAUGCGAGUGUUUAGGCGCUCCUAAUUAGCCGCCGCCGCACCGGUAGGUCAGUCAUCGGUAGGCUAACCCAUACACACCACACACACCGCUAGUUAUCAAUACAAUUGACACAUAAAAUUCAAUUUCCAAAAUACGGGGGAACGCAUGUUUUUUCAGUCCUA